UCGGGAUAAAAAUCCUCACAGCUUUUCCAGAAGCGAGAGGACUUGUUUGUUUCUCUGGAGUGAGGAGUUCUCUAUUUAACACCCUCAGGGUUUAAAUAUCUUGAAAUUAACAGGUUUUCAUCUGUUUUAUCGGUCGACCCUGACAUAUUAUUAUCGACCAUGGCUGCCUACAAGAUAGUGUUGAUACGCCACGGAGAGAGCAACUGGAACCAGGAGAAUCGCUUCUGUGGCUGGUUCGAUGCAGAUCUGAGCGCAACCGGGGAGAAAGAGGCGAUGAGAGGCGGACAGGCCCUGAAAGAUGCCGGCUUCGAGUUUGACAUAUGUUACACCUCUGUGCUGAAGAGGGCUAUCAGGACGCUGUGGCUGGUCCUGGGCAGCAUUGAUCAGAUGUGGGUGCCGGUGCAUCGGACCUGGCGGCUCAAUGAGCGCCAUUAUGGAGGCCUCACAGGACUUAACAAGGCCGAAACAGCUGCCAAGCACGGAGAGGCUCAAGUGAAGAUCUGGAGGCGCUCGUUUGACAUCCCUCCUCCCUCCAUGGGCCCAGACCAUGACUACUACACUAUUAUCAGCAAGGAUCGCCGCUAUGCAGACUUGACUGAGGACCAGCUUCCUUCCUGUGAGAGCCUUAAGGACACCAUUGCGCGGGCGCUGCCCUUCUGGAACGAGGAGAUCGCCCCUCAGAUCAAAAAGGGGAAGAGAGUGCUCAUUGCUGCUCACGGAAACAGUCUGAGAGGCAUUGUUAAGCACCUUGAGGGAAUGUCUGAUGAAGCCAUCAUGGAACUGAACCUGCCUACAGGAAUCCCCAUUCUCUACGAGCUGGACAAGAACCUGAAGCCUGUGAAGCCGAUGCAGUUCCUUGGAGAUGAGGAGACUGUUCGCAAAGCCAUGGAGGCUGUGGCUGCUCAGGGAAAGGCCAAGAAGUAAAGCAACAGAAAAGCCAACUCUGUGUAUGAUGGUGUAGGUCGUCCCUAACAACUGGCCUCAGAUUAGUGUUUUUCCUAAAUCCUAAUUUAUUUUGGAUUGUAAUACAUGAGAAUACUAUAGAUUGUUGUCAAGGCAACCUCACUAUACUUGCACAGUGCAGGGAUAGUACAUGGUGGACGAUUGGGAUAUAUUAGGGCUAGGGGAGCAAUACCUCUCAAGAGAUUGUAAAGAAAAUGGCCCAUUAAUAACCUUUUUCAGAAAGUAUUGUUGAACUAAAAUGAAUAAUGUUGCUGUUAAAGGCAGUUUAUCUGUGCACUUGAACAUUUAAUAUUAUAAUAGCAAUUUUACCAAUUAAAAAAUUAUUGUUUAAAACAGAUAAUAUAUAUAUAUAUAUAUUUUUUUUUGUUCUUUUUGAGAAAGACAGAAGUCUUUGGUUUUGGUGUCCAAGGCUGGAAAGCUGACUGUCAGGGUAAAUUUUAAAUAAGGCAAUUACAGAAACAAAUCACUCUGCCACAGCCAGCUAUAAAAACACAGGCUACAGUAUUAGUUUUGAUGCUGCACACACAUCCAAAGUUGACAAUGAAAUUUUGACAAAAUAGUGUGGAAUGAGUGGAGUCAACCUGUGAGACAGGACUCCUCUUCUUGUGGCCUCUUGUUUGCCUUUGCUUACACUGUAUGUUUAUUUGAGAUGCAGUAUUUCAAAUGCACCGAUGGUGGUAAGGAAGUUCUACCUACGUGUGUCUGAUCAUGAUGACUUCAUCAUUAACCUGCCCAGGACACCAUUAGAGACUUUUACCUGAUUAAAUAAAGAAAGAAGAAUGGAAUGAAAAUUAUUUAUUAGAUGACUUAAGGUAGUGGGAUAUUGUAGUCUAUUAUAAUUUAAUUUAGAAGAUACUUUGAUGAAUUUUAUUUACACUCAAUGGCCAUUUUUAGAUUUAGAUAUUUUUUAACAUGAAAGGGACCGCUGCAAAGGGUGCACAACUUCUGUCACUGUCACAGUAUUUACUGUAUUUGAUGCAUUCCACUGAUAAAGGGAUGUAAUUUUGCAAUCUCUUGAGAGCAGGACGGGACAGUUAUGACAGCUGAAAUGUCUAUUUGUCUUAUUUUCUCUGCCUAUGAAUGGCAUUUGUGCAGUGCAUGGUGUCGCUGUCCUUGUUGUGUCUGACAAUUUGUAUUUUUCUCUUUGUCUUUCAUCAAGUUUAGUCCAAAUUUAAUGGUGCUCUGCAUUGCUAUCAGUAUUGCACUGUAUAAUUGUCAAAUCCAGUAUUUGAAUUUUAAUCCCCCAGUUUCACAGUUACUCUGUUUGACCACAUUUGGUCUGUCUUUGCCUCUUGGUGUCAUAGUAUUUAUGUGCCUCCAGCCUAUUCCUAAAAUGCUUACAGCAUUUGGUGCGGAUAUCCUAUUGUGUCUUAAAGUAUUGCAAUUCUUCUUUUUAAAAUGUAAUUCCAUCUGUGUUGGUUAAAUGUACACUGAAAGCCGAUGUAAUAAAUGUACAAUUAUGUGCAAAUCUAA